AUGGCUUCCGACGACGUUACCGACUUUGAGGUGAUAGAAGGCCAGAAGGAAAACAUCCAGUCCAUUCCCAGCGGACGCUCCGCAAAAGCGCUCGCGCAGCUAUACACACCACCACUUACUUCCGGCGCUGGUCAGACGCUGUCCCCUUCGCAGAUGCAGGAUGCGAACAGCGCGGCCCGCCUCAAGUUCGAGAAGGAGCUCAUGGCGAUUGACGACUCAGACGACCCGCUAGACGUUUACGAUCGUUAUGUCAAAUGGACACUCGACUCCUACCCUUCCGCACAAAAUACACCUCAAUCGCAACUCUGCCCUCUGCUCGAGCGCGCGACCAAAGCCUUCCAAUCCUCGCCGCAGUACAAGAACGACGCCCGCUACCUCAAGCUGUGGCUGCACUACAUCCAUCUCUUCUCAGAUGCGCCGCGCGAGACAUUCGCAUACCUUGCGCGACACAACAUCGGCGAGAACCUUGCGCUAUUCUACGAAGAAUUUGCCGCCUGGUUAGAAGGCGCGGGUCGCUUCACACAAGCAGAGGAGAUAUACAACUUGGGCAUUGACCGCGAGGCCCGUCCAGUAGAGCGCCUGAUUCGCAAGUACGGAGAAUUCCAGCAUCGCCUCGAGAGCCGCCCGCAAGAGGUUCCCGAGCCUUCAAGCCCCGCGCUCCCCGCCGUCCGUCCAGCUCUCGCCGCUAAGAUGGACCCUUUUGCGCAUGCAUCACCGAGUGCGCCGAGCCCACAACCACAAAGUGCGCCAAAACCUGCUGGAGGCGCUUCUCGUUCGGGGAAGGCUAAGCUCGCCAUCUUUUCCGAUGGCGACGAUGCCGCGAGGCCCGGCUCGACUGGUAGCAUGGAAGGAUGGGAUAGCAUUGGAUCGCUCGCAGACCGCAAGAAGGAGAAUGCAACGGAAGCACGGCCCUGGGCUGGUGAGACUCUGAAGGUCGGAAAGAAGAACACGGGCGUGCCAAAGAUGUCAAUCUUCAAGGAUGAGGUGAGUUGA